AUGGACAUUUUGGACUAUGUCUUUGGCGCGAUUGUACUGCUGUACUCUGUUGUUGCCCCCUUCACCAAGGUUGAAGAGUCCUUCAACUUACAAGCAGUCCAUGACAUUCUGCAAUUCGGCGUCAGGCCUGAUGCUCUGCAGCACUAUGACCAUUUCGAGUUCCCUGGAGCUGUACCCAGGACCUUUAUCGGCGCCCUAGGACUGUCCAUGCUGACCUGGCCCCUGACUAAUCUAUGCAAGUUGUCCUUUGGCGAAUCCAUCGUAGGCCCUCUGUCACAAGUUGCAACGAGGGCUGUUUUGGGCCUUGUCAAUGUGGCUGCCUUGGUGGCCUUUCGAAACGCUGCCAAACGGGUUUAUGGCGCAACUGUCGGAACGUGGUACAUUGUUUUGCAAAUGACACAGUUCCAUGUCAUCUACUAUGCUUCCAGGACGUUGCCCAAUCUCUUGGCUAUGCCAUUCACCACUCUGGCUGCGACGUACUUCAUCACGCCCAAUGAGAGUCUGACACCGGCACUUGUUCUGCUCACUUUGUCAGCACUCAUCUUCCGUGCUGAGAUUGUAUUACUGCUGGCGACGCAUGUUGUAUUCCACUGGCUCAUUACAAAGCGUUUGACAUUCUGGCGUACGCUCCGUGUUGGCGUUCGAGCUUCGGCAGUUGGCUUGGGCUUGACGACGCUCGUUGAUUCUUACUUUUGGCAAGUACUCGUGGCUCCCGAAGUGCAAUCUGUCAUGUUCAAUGUCAUUCAAGGCAAGUCACAAGAGUGGGGAACCAGUCCUUUCUACACCUACGCGUUCGACUUGGUCAAGCUACUGUUGAAUCCUUUGGCUGGAGUUCUCAUUCUGCUAGGCAUCAUUGUGGAUCGCAGGGUCCUCUCAUUUUUGAUGCCAGCUCUAGCCUUCGUCGGCUUGUAUUCGUUCCAGCCGCACAAAGAGUGGCGCUUUAUCAUCUACGUCGUGCCUCAAAUGACACUCGCCGCUGCAAUUGGCGCCAGCUACAUCUUCAACCGCAGGACGAAAUCAUUCUUUUGGCGAUACGCUGCUUUUGUCCUGAUGGGCAGUAUUCCAGCUACAGCUCUGCUCAGCGUCUCAAUGCUCCUCAUCUCCUCCCAUAACUAUCCUGGCGGUGAAGCACUUGCCAAGCUACCACUGAAUGGCACUGGGCCUGUCUACCUCGAUGUACUGACUUGUAUGACGGGCGCUUCACGCUUCUUACAAGCAGGCCCUCGACCAAUUACAAAGACAGAGGAUCCGGCGUUGCUUAACUCCCCUGAAUUCUGGGGUUCGCUCGAGUUUGCCAUUGUGCAGCAGCCUGGGCAACUAGCUCACACACCAGGCUGGGAGGUAUAUGAUCGUGUCGACAGCUUGAAGAUACAGCAGUUGAAGCAGUUCAAAUGGGAGAAGGAAACAAAGCUCAUCCUGUACCGCAACACGCUCUACAACACGUCGGCCUCGCCUGAGUAGCCGGUGUUGCUGACAUAAAGACUGGCAACCCAGUGCGUGUCGCUUGAUUUGUUGAAUUUGAACUCAAAAAGAAAGAAACGCGACAAAACUCCAUUUCCAAUCCCUACCACGGAACACUCUCAGCGGUCAGCAAAUGACUGUGCUCGGCCGCCGUAGACUGACGCCUGUCUUGGGGCUCGCGGCCAUCUGCUUCGUCCUUUGGCUGACAUUCCGGUCGAAGGGCUUCUCGCGACGAUUGGGUUCGACCUUGCUCGGCCAUGAGACACCAACAACACCGCUGUCGAUUGUGUUGGACGGUACUUCAGUCUCUUCUUCACAUCUCGCGCCGCAGCUACACGACUACUAUGAUCAAAUAUGGGCGCCAAAGCCCUUUGAAGGCAUGCAACUCUCCAACCUGAAGUACUUGUGCGAACAUACCGACUGGCGCGAAGAUUACUACAUCAAGUGCUUAGGCAUCAACCAAGGCAUCACAAGCAUCAUGUCACAACU